GUCGAGUGUUCCAGUGGCGAGACUCUUCUGCGCAGCGGAGUAAUUCCUCCGGGGCAUCUUAAGAUAGUGGUGCUUGCCUUCAGAUUUCCAGAAUUGGAUUGAAAGAAGAAACGUUGAUUCUUUCUCUUCCAGCUGCACCAUGUCCUCGGAAGAUAACAUCACAAGCCCGACGGUUGCCGAAAACAAAGAGCCAGAGCAGCAGAAUGUGGUCACUCGAGUUGCCAGUCUGCCUCUGGUGAGCUCCACCUAUGAUAUGGUCUCCUCGGCUUAUGCCUCCACAAAAGAGACCCACCCCUACCUCAAGUCUGUCUGUGAUGUGGCAGAAAAAAGCGUGAAGACCCUCACGGCAGCCGCUGUGAGUGGGGCCCAGCCCCUACUGGCCAAGCUGGAACCUCAGAUUGCAACAGCCAACGAGUACGCGUGCAAGAGCCUAGAUAAAUUGGAAGAAAAACUACCCAUUUUGCAGCAGCCGUCUGAGAAGGUGGUCGCCAGCACCAAGGAGGUAGUCUCGAGUACUGUCAAUGGAGCCAAGAAUGCUGUGGCCAGCAGCGUGAGCGGGGUCAUGGACAUGACCAGGUCGGUGGUGUCGGGCAGCGUGAAUACCGUCAUGGAGUCCAGAGUGGGUCAGAUGGUGGCAACCGGCAUGGAUGCCGUGCUGGAUAUGUCAGAAGACUUGAUGAAUCAGUACCUCCCUGUGUCAGAGAAAGAGCUGUUUGAAUUGGCAGCUUCAGUGGAUUGCUCUGAUCUGGCGGCCCCUGUGGAGCAGCCGAGUGAGCGUGAGAGCUGUUUUGUCCGCCUGGGGUCUCUCUCCAGCAAAAUCCGCCACCGGGCCUACCAGCAAGCAUUGCACAAGCUGUGGAACGUCAAGAAGGGCACUGAAGUCUCCCUCACUCAACUCCACCUGAUGAUCGAGCUGGUAGAACACAUCAAAGAAGGCGUGGGCCAGAAACUCCAAGGAGGCCAGGAGAAGCUGAACCAGAUGUGGUUGGAGUGGAGCAAGAAGCAGGCAGGGAGCGAAGAGCCGGUGGAUUCUUCAGUGCAGCCAGAGGUUGAGUCGCAGACCCUGGCCAUGUUCCGUGGCGUGACCCAGCAGCUUCAGGGCUCCUACUCAGCUCUCAUAUCCAGCGUCCAAGGCCUUCCAGCCGGCAUCCAGGACAAAGUCCAGCACUUCCGCCACACCGUGGAAGACCUCCACUCAUCCUUUUCAACUGCCCACUCCUUCCAGGACGUUUCGGCCGCCAUCUUGGCUCAGAGUCGUGAGCAAGUCACCAAGGCGCGGGAGGCUGUGGAUGACGUGCUGGACUACGUGGUCUCGCAUGUUCCCCUCCCAUGGGUGGUGGGGCCUUUUGCCCCCAGCUUGGUAGAGCUUCCAGACGCUCCCACUUCCAAGGUGGAAGAUGAUGUCCAGGCCUCUAAAGAACCGAAGGGGAAGCUGGGCAGCCCACCGAAAGCACCUUCUGAGCCUAAGAAAGACAUCUAGGUUUACGUCUCAGUUUACCAGAAUGUCCAGUGUGGCCUUGUACAAAGUUUUUUGGGAGUUGUGUUGGAAAGGCUUUGGGUGCUAGAAGAACGUGUGGUGUUAACACUGCUGUGAAAGUCUCUCUUGAGCUGUAACGUUCAGAUGUGCCUUCUAACCAUUACAAUUGAUGUGAAUGACCACCUGCAACCUCUUUUAGGGUUGGCUGGCUUGAGUAAGAAUUGAGUGGCUAGAAUUGUACUAAUUUUUUCCCCUGGAUCAGUUGAUUUCUGCAGGAUCUCCAGCAUCCAGAUGUCCAGGGAAAUUGGUUUUUCUCUUUCUACUCGAAGGGCAUUUACAGCACCCAGAAAUACACACUUUUGGGCUGGGCUAUAGUGAAAGUUCAGUCAAGAAUUACAUGGGCUGCUAGAUCUUCUGGAUGCGUUGUUUUGUGUGGAGGGGUUAAGAUGUUCAACUGAUUACUGCCUCUAAUGUGCUUUGGGCAUUUUAUGAAAAACUGAGAAUUGUUGGUGCCUUAAGUAUUACUGAAACAUUCUGUCCUUCAUUCUGUCCUUCAUUCACCUUUGGGUCUUUUUCUAACCAGAGUUGCACGUUUGAACCAUUCUGGGCAAGCCCCGAGAAGUCUAUGCUCUGUGUGCUAUUUUGAUCUUUUUGUCUUGUGAGGAGCUGUUGCCCUCAUGGUGUUGAAUCUUGAUAAUGGGUAGAUUUGGUUACUACAAGCAGUGUGGGCAGAAUGUAGAAAUGGUUCUCCUCGCCCAAAUGAAACUGAUAUGUGUGUUCUACCUUUUUGCAUAGCGGCCAGUGUCUUGUUAAAAAUUAAAACUUUUCUAAUCAGCA